AGCGGAUGUUGCGUCACGAUAAAAGAGCACUGUGAGGCUUUCUUUGAGAGUUGGGUCUAUUACUGAACAGUCAAGACUCAAGUGUCUACAGCAUGGAGUGGUGCAGGAAAAAACAUUGGCCAAUACUGGUGGCAGGCAUUAUGAGUUGGGCUUGUGCCAUCUCCCUCACCAUCAGCGGGAUGUACAUAAUCUUCACCCACUCCCACGGUAGAGAAGUGAAAAAGGGAUGGGUGCACCGUGACGUCCAAGUGACUCAACAAGGCUGGCGGACAGCGGGGAAUGGCAUGACGAUGAUAAUCGGAGGCUGUGUCUUCAACGGGAUACUGUUGACUUUGAUCCUGGUGUGUUUGAGGAAGGGGCUGCGGCAGCAGCGGCGCCAACGGAUGAAGCUGCAGCAUCGUCAAGUUAAGGUCAUGGAAUCACCACCAGAUUACGAUACAGCUAUCAAGGAAGACAUGCCUCCUUCUUAUUCUUCGUUGAAUCUUGCCUCAACCACCACCGCCGCCAGCUCCACCUCCAUUUCCACCUCCACCUCCAUCUCCAGCUACAGCUCACCUUCCCCUUCCUCUUCCCCUCCCUUCUCGUUCGCUACCUACGACCUGUCUCCGCUACUCAAUGCUCAACGAGUCACUUCUGUAUAGAUGUCAGUUUUGAUGUGACGGCUGGUGUUGUUGCCUUUUGUUUUGUUAAGAAUCUCUCAUUAGCAAAUGUGUUUGUUGGUACUUACUUGUGGUAUUAUUAGUUACCACUGUAUUAGUAGAGGGCUUGGUAUCAAACUAGUUGAAAUUCAAUAAAGGUACACUUGGAUUUUAA